UAUGACGUUUCUUGUGAACUAUCAUGUCAGACAAACAUCUCUGACUUGUCUUGUGAACUAUCAUGUCGGACAAAUAUCUCUUCCGUGUCUUCAAUCAUGUCUGACAAUAUCUCUUACGUGUCUUGUGAACUAUCAUGUCUGACAAACAUCUCUGACGUGUCUUGUGAACUAUCAUGUCUGACAAACAUAUCUGACGUGUCUUGUGAACUAUUAUGUCUGACAAACAUCUCUGAUGUGUCUUGUGAACUAUUAUAACUGACAAAUAUCCUCUUACAUGUCUUGUGAACUAUUAUAUCUGACAAACAUCUCUUACGUGUCUUGUCAACUAUUAUAUCUGACAAACAUCUCUUACGUGUCAUGUGAACUAUUAUAUCUGACAAACAUCUCAUACGUGUCUUGUGAACUAUUAUAUCUGACAAAUAUCUCUGACGUGUCGUGUGAACUAUUAUGUCUGAAAAAACAUCUCUGACGUGUCUUGUGAACUAUUAUAUUUGACAAACAUCUCUGACUUGUCUUGUGAACUAUUAUAUCUGACAAACAUCUCUUACAUGUCUGUUCAACUAUUAUAUCUGACAAAUAUCUCUCAUGUGUCUUGUGAACUAUUAUAUCUGACAAACAUCUCAUACGUGUCUUGUGAACUAUUAUAUCUGACAAAUAUCUCUGACGUGUCGUGUGAACUAUUAUGUCUGAAAAACAUCUCUGACGUGUCUUGUGAACUAUUAUAUCUGACAAACAUCUCUGACUUGUCUUGUGAACUAUUAUAUCUGACAAACAUCUCUUACGUGUCUUGUAAACUAUUAUAUCUGACAAAUAUCUCUUAUGUGUCUUGUGAACUAUUAUAUCUGACAAACAUCUCUUAUGUGUCUUGUGAACUGUUAUAUGUGACAAAUUUCUCUUAUGUGUCAUGGGAACUAUCCUGUCUGACAAACAUCGCUGACGUGUCUUGUGAACUGUCAUGUCUGACAAACAUUUAUGAUGUGUUUUGUGAACUAUCAUGUCUGACAAACAUCUAUGACAUGUCUUGGGAACUAUCAUGUCUAACAAACAUCUAUGACAUGUUUUAUGAACUAUCAUGCCUGACAAACAUCUAUGACUUGUCUUGGGAACUAUCAUGUCUGACAAACAUCUCUGACCUGUCUUGUGAACUAUCAUGUCUGACAAACAUCUGAUGUUUUGUGUGAACUAUCAUGUCUGAAAAACAUAUCUGACGCGUCUUGUAAACUUUCAUGUCUGAGAAACAUACCUGACGUGUCUUGUCAACUAUCAUGUCUGAGAAAUAUUUCUGACGUGUCUUGUAACUAUCAUGUCUUACAAACAUGUCUGACCUGUUUUGUAACUAUCAUGUCUUACAGACAUCUCUGACGUGUCUUGUGAACUAUUAUGUCUUACAAACAUCUCUGACGUAUCUUGUAACUAUCAUGUCUGAGAAACAUCUCUGACGUGUCUUGUGAACUAUUAUGUCUUACAGACAUCUCUGACGUGUCUUGUGAACUAUUAUGUCUUACAAACAUCUCUGACCUGUUUUGUAACUAUUAUGUCUUACAAACAUCUCUGACGUAUCUUGUAACUAUCAUGUCUGAGAAACAUCUCUGACGUGUCUUGUGAACUAUUAUGUCUGACAAACAUCUCUUAUAUGUCUUUUCAACUAUUAUAUGUGUGUGAACUGCUAUCUCUGACAAAUAUCCCUUGCCUGUCUGACAAACAACACGCCUAUCUGAAGUUCUCUGCGAUGACCAUCUAACGACUGUGUCCGACAUACAUAUAUGCACUUCUACAGUAUAAGCUAAUCUAAUGUCGGUAAUGCACAUGUGUGCUCUAAUAUAUACUAAAUAGUGUGUCGGGCAAACACUUGAACAUUUCUAACU